GAAUCCAGCGGUCUGCUCACAUGAGCUGCGGCAGUUGGUGCGGGGCCACAAACUCUAACCAACGCAUGCCAGAAAUAACAACUUUAGUCCAAAUGCCAAACUUCCGGGACUCUCCUGUGUUUGGAAGGCGUGGGAUAUCAUGGAAAUAAAUAACUCACCUGGGCGUGUCGUCAAACCCGCAGCGGAUUUCGACACUCUCUCCUCAGUGCGUCCUGGUUCCCGCUGCUGUGCGCCUUUGGUUGGAACAGGACGAUCCUAAAGAAUGAAAAUGGAGCUGCUUCACACAGGCAUUCACAGGAUCAUUAUUGCUCCAUAAAGCUACUGAGACCCUCAAAGAUGCAACCAGUAAAUCCUCCUGCUCCACCACCCCCACCACCCCCACCUCCUCCACCACCUCCAGCUCCUGGACUUCCCCAGCAUGGAGGUGGCCUCCUGGGCUGGGGAGACCGCCGGAGGUCCAGAAUGCGCAAUUUUAACUGGGAAACUCUUCCCAAACAUAGUGUGAUAGGAAAGCACAACAUCUGGACAGCAGACAAGACGGAUGGGCGGUUUGAGCUGGACACCGAUCACAUGGAGGAGUUGUUCAGCCAUAACCACGGCCAGCAACAUCCAAAGGGUCUGAACCGUUUGAGUAUUAGGGGGCAGCUACCGUCUGGCACUGGAGGAGAGAUGGUUACCAUCCUCAGCUCCAAGAGGAGCAUGAACAUUGGAAUAUUCCUCAAGCAGUUCAAGCGCCCUGUUAAAGAUCUGAUCCAGGACAUUCAGUCGGGAAAUGGUCUCAGUUUUGGAACAGGAAAACUGAGAGAAAUGUCUAAGUUGCUGCCAGAUGAAGGGGAGAUGAAGCAGCUGGUUGGUUUUAAAGGCGACCCCUCAGCCCUUCCUGAGGCUGAUCUUUUUAUGCUCAUGCUGAUAAAGAUGCCCAGUUAUGAAGAGCGUCUGAGCUGCUUGGUGCUGAAGGAGGAAUUCUUUACCCUCAUGAAUGAAAUAAAAGAAUUCAUUGGCGUUCUGACAGAAGCUGGAAAGGAGCUGUUGGAGUGUGAUAAUCUACAUUCUGUCAUUCGCUUGGUGCUAAAAACAGGAAAUUACAUGAAUGCUGGUGGCUAUGCUGGCAGUGCUAUUGGCUUCCGUAUGUCAUCUCUCCUGAAGCUGGCGGAUACCAAAGCAAACAAACCUGGAAUGAAUCUUAUGCAUUAUGUUGUGAUGCAAGCACAAAAGGUAGAUGUGGCGCUUCUUAAAUUUCCAGAACAACUCAAACACAUUGAAGCCGCAUCAAGGUUAACAAAAGCUGACAUUGAAGCUGAGAUUGAAAGACAAAAAAGAAAAGUACAGGUCGCCAAAGCAGACACCUUGAAACAGGAGGAACUAAAGGAGCAGAUGGAAGAUUUUCUAAAGAAAGCUGAUGUUUGUUUGGAAGAAAUAGAAAGUGAUUUUGAAGAACUACAGGCUGUAAGCGACUCUGUGGCCGAGUACUUCUGUGAAGACUCUGCAAGUUUUAAACUGGAGGAAUGUUGUUCCAUCUUUCAUUCCUUCUGCCAAAAGUUUAUCCGGGCUAUGCAGGAAAACAAGGCCAGAGAGAUGGCAGAGAUGAAAAGGAAACACAUCGAUAGAUUGCAGAACACAGCCAAGCGCCGGUCUACCGCUACCUGUUCAAGUAGAGACAAGGAAAUGGAGGGUAUUGCCUUAGAAUGCAUUCUGCAAAACGUCCUAACCAACCGCAUCUCUAGGAGGAAAUCAGGAAGGCCUUCAUCAACCAAUGGGAGCCCCACAAGAGGGAGCCCAGUUAAUGGGAGCCUUUCAGAGAUCAGCUCUCAGACAAACAUUCGAACUAUAAACCACAGGCACACUUUUAGAGCCAAAGAUAUGUUCAGAAAAGAGUGGAAUUCUGCAACAGAACUCACAGAGAACUCAAAAAAGCAGACGCAGUAUCAUGUUGAAGAAAAUAACGCAAGAAACAUGGUUACCUAUGAAGAAAAUACUAAAACACCAGAAAUUAAGGAUUGCCAGGACUUAACAAGCCAAUCCAAAGUAACUACCAGCCCUUUACCCACAGUUAGGUCUUUCUCUGCCAAUACUAAUGAUGAUGAGGAGGAGGAUUUACUGGACAAUAAUGAGGAAGAGGCCCAGAAAUUGCGUGAAGCCUCUAAAAAGGUAUUGAGGUACCAGAACAGUCGUGGAAGUGCUUCCUCUGUGGAUCACCCAUUGGAAAACCAGAAAUCCCCUCCUGCUAAGAAAACCUUGGCUCGUCAACUCACCUUUGACGAGGAAACGCAAAGGUAUCCUGGAGACCCAACCAAUGAGGAUUUGAUUCGGUUUUUGCUCGGCCCUCAGACCUCCACGAAACGCACCCUCGGCCGCAGACACACAGUGCCUACUAAAGUUUCUAAAACUCAAGGAGAGAAAGAAAAUCUGCGGACCCAGUCUACCACUGGAAGUCCAGGUUCUGUGACAAAAACCAAAGAACCUCAGCCAGGACAGGACGUUGAACACACAGCUACAAAACCAGCGUUUGAUUUCACUGACAAUUCUUACAAGAUAAAAAAAUCUCAAAGUGUAGAUCAGAAUUUUCCAUCUGCUGAAAAGAAAAUUAAACCCAAUGAUUGUUCAGGCCAGGUUUUAAAAGGAGGGGUUUUGGAGAACAAUGAACAGAAGUCAGUGGAGUGCAAAGCCACACAGCCGCAGGCUAAUGUUGAAAACAUUCUCCCCAGGAGUGUUUGGUUUAAGACUGAGACCUCUGGUUUUUUCAGUUUUUUUAGACGCUUGGGAGAUAUUAGCAGGUCACCGAUCAGCAAAGAAACUGCUCCUAGGGGUACAGAUUCCAGUGUGUAGGCAUAAGAAUUCAUAACUGAUUAAAUAAUUUCUAAUAAAUGAAAUCUAACAUAAUUUAUAUUUUACUUAAUUACACUGAAUAUAGUUAUUCGUUAGUUAUUAAGACAAGAGUGUAGCAUUUUUAUAUUUGAAUUUUAUGGAUGGUUUCAGGUAUGCGAGAAGGUGAAAAAUUGUUGGAAUUCUAUUUUAAAAGAAGGUAUUUUGAAGGUUUUACCACUAGAUGGCGAGAGUGAACAGUAAGUUAGUUGAUGGGGAAGAGUUGGCAUUUUGCAGGCAAUUUGUAAGUUGGUUAUUGAGAGAACCAUGGGCACACACUGCACAAUAUUUACAUUCAAUUUCAAUUAAAUCUUUAGAUAAUGAUUUUAUUGAACAUAUUUACAUGCAGUCGUAUUUUAGAGGAAUUAGAAAACGCUUACAUUGUGUGCACUUGGUCUGGUUUGACAUUCAGAGCAGAAAGUGUUGUGGAAGUGUUGAGAGUGUUGA